AUGACUUUUGUGUAUGCAAAAUGUUCAGCCCUUGAGAGGUUAGAAUCGUGGGAUAGUGAGUACUAUUUGGCAAGUGACAUGGAGAUGCCUUGGAUGGUAGGUGGAGACUUUAAUGUGGUACUUCAUGAAGAUAAAAAGAUUGGUGGCCUUCCAAUGUACCCCCUUGAUUAUGAAGACUUUGCUUUUUGUAUCAAUUCAAGUGGAUUGUUUGAUCUAGGUUAUAAAGGGAGUUCAUUCACUUGGUGGAAUGGAAGACCUAAUGCUGAAUAUAUCUUUAAGAGACUAGAUAGGAUAUUGGUAAAUCUUUCUUUCCAGAAUCAUUUUCCUACUAUUGAGAUUGAGCAUUUGAUAAGAAAUGGAUCAGAUCAUGCCCCAUUGUUCAUGAGUUGUGGAGAACAAUCUGCAAACUAUCACAAGUUGAAGAAUUUGAAGGCUACAUUAUCCAAAUGGAGUAAAGUCACAUUUGGUGACAUCUUCAAGCAGUUGGCAAUCUUGGAGGACAUUGUAAAGGUGAAGGAGAUGUUGUUUGAGGAGGAACCAACAAUAGCUAAUAGAAUAGUGCUUCAACAGGCCUAG